GCACCCACUGGCGGUCCCUUGUGUACUCUCUAUCUGUCGGUAACGGAAUGCUGUCGUUGAAGCUUCUCUAACACAUUGGCACAAUGGCGCUCGCUCAGCGCCCAGGCUCGCGCUUCUUUGCGGCCUUCUACAGGUGGAGCCGCCAUACACAACGCGCUAGUCCAUGCACCUUCUCGUCACAAAGUGGCCCUCUGUCAAGGCGUUCUGCAGCCUUUGGGAACGUGCGAUCAUACCACGCGACCCGCUGUCUAAGAGAGGAAGAACAAUCUACAAAUGGCUUCACACCAGAAUUGGGGACGAGUGCUGCUACACAAGGGGACAGUCAAGCCUCGGUCGGGGCCCCUGCACAAGCAGUUGGCUCUGCGGAGCUGAAAGAAGAGGUCCGUCGCCUCAUGCGCAAGGUGCCCGCCUCGGUCGCUGUCAUUACUGUUGCGCACGUCGAUCCUGAGACCCGCAUGGACGUGCCCAUGGGCAUAGUCGUCUCCUCGCUGAGUACUGUCACUCUCGACCCGCCAACCAUCUCCUUCAAUAUCAAAGAGCCCUCGCAGGCCCUGACUGCCAUCCGAAACGCCCAUGGCUGUUUCCGUGUACACUGGAUGGAUGCGCAAAAGUCCAGUCUCGGCGUUAUUGAGCGCUUCUGCAAUGGCAAUCACCCCGAAGCCUACAAAGAACGACUGCGGCAGCUACAUAUCGAUAUUCCAUCACCCGAGGCCAACGCGACUGCUACAGCCUCCUUGGCGCCCCAGAUCCGGGAGCCUACCGUCCGCGCUGCGGCCGAAUGUACGUUGACCCAUGAACUCCCCGUUGGCGAUCAUGUCAUUCUUGUCGCCCGGAUCACCAACCUGGAAUGCAGCAAACUGCGGGAGCCGACCAUCGCUUAUGUCGAUGGUGCGUACAGAAGAAUCGAACCCAAGGGGAUGGUUGGGACACAUCAGCCCGCUACCACACAGCAGACCAUCACACCGCCGAAUUCACCCAGCCCGUCAGAGAAGAAAAUCAAGUCGGCCAUGAGCCGAGCUCACGAGCUAUCGAUCGCUUACGAUUGGCCUGUGGUUCCCGGAGAUAGGGAGCGACAUGAGUAUGCAAAACGCUUGAGACUGUAUAUCGAAGGACUGCCGCUUCAUCGUCGCGUGGCUCAUAAGCGUGUCAUCGAACAUCUGCAAUCUGAGACAAAGCAGCUCUCAAGAUCGCUUGGCAUCAAUCUGACAGCGCUUGUCAAUCAGGCCUAUAUCCAUCAUGGUCUGGGGAGCCCAGCUGCUCAGGAGGUGUUACCUGAAUUUUAUGGCACUCUCUCGUCCGCCCAACUGGCAAAGUUGCGUCAACGCGUAACGCAAGUCGUCGAGACAGACCAACGAUUCCUCGAAGUUAGCUAUUUCAAUCUGCUCGGCUUCCUGAGCGUCCACAACAGCGCUUCCGUUCUACCCAGUGAUUUAACGAGCCCUCUCCGAGCAAAAGAUUUGCUUCCUCCGUUCGAGCCGCCAACAUCAUCUAUCGUGAAGGAGAAGUCCGGCGGAAAUCUUGUCGCAAUGGAAGUGGUUGAGCAUUUCAUUCGAGACGAAAUCUCCCGUCUGAAGGCCGGGAUGUUAAAUACAAACCUCGUGGUUUAUUUCAAUAGCCACAAGCUGCGACCUAAAGACUUCGAACCCUUCAGAGCGAGUCUUACUCGUCUGACCGUCGAAACGUGCCCAUCGUUCAACACAGAAUGGAAACACGACAUUGCAGGCGAGAUCACUACAGAAGAAGCUCAAGUGGUCAUACGUCGCUUGGUCGAGUACAUGAUAAAAGGCACCCACGAUGACCAUCGCAUGCGCAAUUUCGAAGCUACAGACAACAUUUUGCGCCAAGUCGGAGUCCAUCCUCUCAUCAUUGGAUUAAAUGCCGACUUUGUCAUAAGCAAGCUCCGCUAUCUCACUUCCAUCUCCGAAUCGUCUUUGCAGCUGAGAUCCAGAUUCGAACACAUGGUUCGGUGGUAUUUCGCCAGGAACGUGACUUGGACCGACCUUCAAUCACGCUUCGAGCAAUUCGUACAAAAGUUCCCGAUGCGCGCCAUUACCUGGCCCAGAAGGGACGUACUCGCUGCCGUGGGUCUGAGCGGCCGCACUACCAUCUCCACACCACUUACUGAGACACCGAGAACCAUUGAUGAGAGCAACUUGUUCGAUACGCUCUUGGCGAAGGCACUCACUCAACACUAUGGGAACGGUACAGACGAGGAGAAUCAAGCCAUCGCUUCGUUCCUGAAGGACCGCUUUGGAUUUGAUGUCACUCAAAAGUCGGCCACAGUGACGCCAGAACAGGCGCUCGAGCGCUCGUCAGCUGAUGAUCUGGAUGCCGCGUUGUCGCAGUAUCGGGCGGAGACAGUGCCCAUACGAGACUUUGGCACAUGAGUUCAGUCGCUGUCAGCAGCGUUGCUUCGGCUCAGCGAGGGAGAAAAUAGAGGGUAGAACUGAUUCAAGAUAAUACUGUAAGAUAGGCAGCGCAGACUUUUCAAAGUGUCUCCAUGGGGUCACGGUACGAUAUGAAUUGCAUACCCAGGAGAGUGGCUCCUGGCUCAAGCCUUGAUAAAAGGCCCCUGUUAGACUCUCAUGACAGCGUACAGCACCACGUGAGCACGCGUUUCGUAUUAGAACACCUACGUAGACUCGCUCUCACAAGGUCCUCUAACGUGGCUAUCGUUAACAAAAACAUCGAAUUUGGGGAACUUACGUGUCUUUGUUCCAAAUGUCAACAGCG